AUCCUUAUUCUGAAGGCUGUAAAACCUGAUAACCCUCCCUGUUCUUCCUGCUCUCAGACACACCUUGAAGCUGGUGGAGCAACAUCUGCUGGAGGUGAAAGCUGAUUGGCUGCAGCCUCUCUGCUCUGACACGUGAUUCGUAGAUCAGAGCUCAGAGCUGUUGCUGUUUACAGGAAAUGAAACUCACACAUUCACUGUGACCGAGAGGAGAAAUGGAGCAGAAUCAGCUGGACCGAGAAACCUUGUCCUGUUCGAUCUGUCUGGAUCUACUGAAGGAUCCGGUGGCUAUUCCCUGUGGACACAGCUACUGUAUGAAGUGUAUUAAAAACUUCUGGGAUGAAGAGGAUCACAAAGGAAUCCACAGCUGCCCUCAGUGCAGGGAGACCUUCACACCGAGGCCCGUUCUGAAGAAAAACACCAUGUUAGCAGCUUUAGUGGAGCAGCUGAAGAAGACUGGACUCCAAGCUGCUCCUGCUGAUCUCUGCUAUGCUGGACCUGAAGAUGUGGCCUGUGAUUUCUGCUCUGGAAGAAAACUGAAAGCCAUCAAGUCCUGUUUAUUCUGUCUGGCCUCUUUUUGUGAGAAACACCUUCAGCCUCAUUAUGAUGUGGCUCCACUAAAGAAACACAAGCUGGUGGAGCCCUCCAAGAACCUCCAGGAGAACAUCUGCUCUCGUCAUGAUGAGGUGAUGAAGAUGUUCUGUCGUACUGAUCAGAAGUGUAUCUGUUAUCUCUGCCCUGAGGAUGAACAUAAAGGCCACGACACAGUGUCAGCUGCAGCAGAAAGGACUGAGAGGCAGAGAGAGCUGGAGGUGAGACGAGAAAACAUCCAGCAGAGAAUCCAGGACAGAGAGAAAUAUGUGAAGCUGCUUCAACAGGAGCUGGAGGCCAUCAAGCACUCUGCUGAUAAAACAGUGGAGGACAGUGAGAAGAUCUUCACUCAGCUGAUCCGUCUCAUCCAGAAAAGAAGCUCUGAUGUGAAGCAGCAGAUCAGAUCCCAGCAGGAAACUGAAGGGAGUCGAGUCAAAGAGCUUCAGGAGAAGCUGGAGCAGGAGAUCACUGAGCUGAAGAGGAAAGACGCUGAGCUGAAGCAGCUCUCAGACACAGAGGAUCACAACCAGUUUCUCCACAACUACCCCUCACUGUCAGCACUCAGUGAGUCUACACACUCAUCCAGCAUCAAGAUCCGUCCUCUGAGCUACUUUGAGGAUGUGACAGCAGCUGUGUCAGAGCUCAGAGAUCAACUACAGGACAUCCUGAGAGACGCAUGGACAAACAUCUCACUGAGACUCACUGAGGUGGAUGUUUCACUGUCAGAACCAGAACCAAAGAGCAGAGCUGGAUUCUUGAGAUAUUCAUGUGAAAUCACACUGGAUCCAAACACAGCAUACAGGAAUCUGUUACUAUCAGAGGGGAACAGGAAGGUGACAUUUAUGAAUCAACCUCAGUCUUAUUCUAGUCAUCCAGACAGAUUCACUGUUUAUUCUGAGGUUCUGAGUAGAGAGAGUCUGACUGGACGUUGUUACUGGGAGGUGGAGUGGAGAAAGAGAGUUUUUGUAGGAGUCGCAUACAAGAAUAUCAGCAGAGCAGGAGAAGGGAAUGAAUAUGUAUUUGGGCGUAAUGACAAAUCUUGGGCAUUAGAUUGUUACCAAGGAGGUUAUAAAUGUGGUCACAACAACAUCUGGACCUCCAUCUCAGGUCCUGGUUCCUCCAGAGUAGGAGUGUACCUGGAUCACAGAGCAGGUAUUCUGUCCUUCUACAGCGUCUCUGAAACCAUGACUCUCCUCCACAGAGUCCAGACCACCUUCACUCAGCCGCUACAUGCUGGAGUUUGGGUUGAUUAUGGAGGUUCUGCUGAGUUCUGUAAACCCAAAUAGACAGAAUCCACUGAAGGUUCAGUGAGUUUGAUUCUGGUUUUUAAAUCUCCAGCAGAUUAUUUUCUUGAUGGUUGUUGUUUUAUGUCUAAACUGCUCAGAAAUCAAUAGUCAGAGAUUGUCAGCACUUGUUUUUCUUCAGAAUUCAUGUUCUGCUUCUGUUGGGUUUGUUCAUUUCUAAACCAGAUGAUCAGCACCAUAAUAUUUGUAAAGUUUUUACCUCCUUGUUGCUUUCAGCAGUAAAGACUGUGAACUGACUAAUAAAAUUUGUUGAGUGCC